AUGGAUGAUAAAUUAGAAAAUUUGAUGAGGCUUCCAAAAUCAAAAAGAAAUAAUGCCUUUGCAAAUUUCCAAAUAAUUGACAAAACAAAAGAACUUAUUAAUAAUAGUGAACCACUGCCUGAAAAUGAUGGUAAUAACAAUACUCAAAUUGAAAGUAAUAAUAUGGAGCUUGUUUCUUCCAAUGUUCAAGAAGUUAAAAACAACACAAACGUUUCUACAAAUGAACAACAAAUUUUACAACAACAAAAUUUCAAUACUACUAGUUCUAGUUGGGACACCCAACCUAAUAAUCUAGAAAAUUUUGAUAGAGAGCAUCACCAUAAGUUUCGUAAUCACCAUUCUCCAAACUCCCAAUAG